AUGGAGGCCAACAAAUCCUUGGACGAGAUCAUAAAGGAAAAGUCGAAGUCCAAGGCCGGCAGCAGCGGCAAGAACGAGCUCACGGCCGAUGUCGCAAAGCGCAGCAAGGCGCAGCGCGCAGCCAAGGCUGCCAAGGCGCGAGGCAUGGACGUCGACGCGCCGGCUGCGCCGAUUGUGAAGCCCCGCAAGAAGGGCGGGGCCUCGGGCGCCAAGGCCAAGAUCGGCGCCAAGCGGGUCGGAAAAGCCGCCGGCGCGAAGACUGCGGCAGGUGGCUCCAAACAGGGCAGGUCGCUCCAACAGCAGAUGGGGAAGGCCAAGGGCACGAGUAGCAAGCCAGUCGCGGCGUCACAGAUCAAAAUUGUGAUCCCCGGGACGACGAGCCCGGCAAAGCUGCUGCCUGGUGGCCGCGGACGCGGCGGCGGCGGCGGCGGCGGCGGCGGCCGUGGCAAGGGAGGCGUUCGUGGCGACGGCGGCAAGGGCGCGCGCGGCGGUGGCGGCAAGGGCGCGCGCGGCGGCAAAGGUGGCGGCGGCAAAGGUGGCGCGCGCGGCGGCGGCGGGCAGGCGGGCACCCGUGGCAUUGGCAAGCAGCGCGUCGUGAUCGUGGCGGGCGGGCGGUCUGGUGGCGGCGGCGGGACGGCAAAGAAGACGAGGAAGGGAGGUGGCGGCGCCCCGACAAGUCUGUCGGCACGCUUCGGCGCGUGA